AUGACAUUUAUUGGAAAAUUGGUUCAUUUUUCUUUCGACUUUGUGCUGAUUUCUACGUGUCUUGCGGGGAUUAAGCGCAACACUGGUUUGACCCCCAAGUUAGAUUCGAUACAAGACCCUCACAUACAAGGCUACUGUCUAAAAUAUUUGAACUUUGGCGAAUCAUGCUAUGACUAUACGGUCGCAACAUGCGGAGCAUCCAGUUAUUUUGUAAGAAAAUGA